AUGGGUCUUAGGAAGAGAGCGGCCGUGCCUAUUGAUGACGUCGUCGUUGCUUCCGAGCCGGCACCCAAAAAGAAAAAGAAGGUCUCAACUUCUGUUCCCGAGGACGUGAUCAAGCUUGACUCUCCUCCUUCCUCGGAUCACGAUGAUUCUUCCCGUCACGACGAGAGUGCUUAUCAUCGUGAUGACGGUUUGAGGACUCCGCCGCGUGGUGGUUCGCCUUCUCAGGGGAACAAGUUCCUCACUCCUCGUGACGACGCUCCUUCCUUUAACCGGCGUGAUUGUGGCGGUCUUGAAGGAGGGGAGUCAUCUCGGCGCCCAGGCGAGAAUGAUGAGGCGGUGUCUCGUCACUCGGAGGCGGGUGGCUUUGCUCCUGGCUCGAACCUUGGUGCCGAGGGCGAUACCGGGAUGCCAAAGGAUGGUCCUGAGGGCUAUAAUCCUCAUGCGUUCAAGACGUGGUGGAAUGGCGAGAGCCCUCUUAUGGAGGAUCAGGAUGCUUGCGGAGGAGGGACUUGGAUUUCCAAAGUUCAUCCUGGUAAAGGGAUUCCGCGCGAGGAGCUCACCUUUAGGACUGACUUUGACGAGGCUGCUCAACAUCAUAUCAUGUCUGGCGGGAAGUUCACUGCGCUGGUCCAGAAGUACGAGACGGCUCUCCGGGCGGCUAAGGAUGAGGUCUUCAGGUUGCAGCAGGAGCAGGAGAAGGCGAAAGACGUCGACACGAUGGUGGCCGUCUUCAGGAUAAGGCGGAUAGGCUAA